UGGAAUUGCCUGAGUGUCGCCAGUUACCUCGUUAGUGUUGACGCGGCCAUUGGCUAUACUCAUUGCUGCUGGAGUCACGUGACCACAAACACUUACGUCAUCAGUGGCAACAACUACGUCACCAGGGCCAAGAGUGUCGACCAUUACGUCAUCAGUGGCAAUAACUACGUCACCAGGGCCAAGAGUGUCGAUCAUUACGUCAUCAGUGGCAAUAACUACGUCACCAGGGCCAAGAGUGUCGACCAUUACGUCAUCAGUGGCAACAACUACGUCACCAGGGCCAAGAGUGUCGACCAUUACGUCAUCAGUGGCAAUAACUACGUCACCAGGGCCAAGAGUGUCGAUCAUUACGUCAUCAGUGGCAAUAACUACGUCACCAGGGCCAAGAGUGUCGACCAUUACGUCAUCAGUGGCAACAACUACGUCACCAGGGCCAAGAGUGUCGACCAUUACGUCAUCAGUGGCAACAACUACGUCACCAGGGCCAAGAGUGUCGACCAUUACGUCAUCAGUGGCAACAACUACGUCACCAGGGCCAAGAGUGUCGACCAUUACCUCAGAUUAGACAGGGUCGGGAGGAUGUGGUCUGACAACUCCCACGCUCAGGGCUUCCCACCCGGCUACUCCUUCCCGCACGGGCCCGCCCUCGACCGUCUCUGUCAGCACUCCAGGCUAGGGUGUGUGCUGGCAGGUGGGGCGAGAGGUGGGGCGAGGGUGGGCGUGCCCACCUACAUGGCGCAGGUCCAGGACCCACCCACCCUGCCCACCGCCACAGAGAUCUCCGCAGAGGCCGCCAUCUUCGUCGCUGUUAUCGUGGUGUUCUACGCCGCAAUCAUCGUCAUUCUCCUGGGGACCAACAUGAGGCUACCUCGCUCCUCCUCGAUGCAUCCUCGCCGUUCGCGAUCUCGGACUCGAUCUCGCUCGCGACAUCGCCACGAGGUUGUCCUCGAUGCCCGCAGCGGCAGCGUCUCCACUCAGCACACGCACAAGAAGAGGGACAGCAUGCCGCCGCUGGUCCAGGGGGCUGAGAGAGUGUAAACAGCACGACUCUUGCCUCUACCGACGACUCUCUGAAGGUUCACAGAGAGUUCUUGUAUACUCUUUUGACCUGACUGAAGCUCCUUUGAUUGCAGGUCUGAAGGCAGAAGGCUUUGAAGUUCCACUAUGGUAUUAUGUAAGAGUAUUAGACACUGGCAUAGCGGGAGGAUUCUGGUAAAAGCCUUUCUGGUCUCCUGUUACUUAAUAUGUGAUCUGAAGAACACUGAUGUGAACCUUUAGACUGAAAUAUUAUAUAUUAAUAGCAACCCUUUGAUUUGUGAGUUGUCCGGAUCCUUAUUGAGCUCCCUUAAGUGUCUCGUUUUAAUGACUGUUUAAGACUCCUAAUGUAGUGACAUUAACUCUAAGUCCUGACUAGUGGCUCUGUAUUUAACAGCUCUAUACUAGAGGUGUUAGAGGCGUUGAUAUUCCAUAGAGCAUCUAAGCAGGAGGCAUUAACCUGUCGUCGGUGUGUGUGUUGUCUGAGGAUCAAAGUCUGCUGGAGCUGACCUCCUGGUGACGGUCGCUCGCAGUCUCUAUUGGUUCUCUCACUUCCAUUCUUCCUUCCUAACAUUUAUCUUCUAUUCUGUUGACUUUCUUUCGUGUUUGAAGGUCAUGACGCCUUUCCUCCUCCUCCUCCUGUGUUUGUUAUUGUGUGUUGUUUGCUUUUUCCUGGUUACUUAGUUCAGUAGUCACAGUACCACUGUGUGUACUGCUGCUGCUGCUCCUCAUACUGCCUGCUCUCUCACUUAUCUUUUAUAUCUCUCUCUUUCUGUCUGUGUCUAU